GUAGCUGAAUCUUUAGGAUUUAAUAGUUAAUAUACAGCGAGAUGAUGUCAAAGUUGUUGUCGAAGAAAAAAUAAGGAUAAAAGCAUUUUUUAUGCUUGAUCUUAUGCAUGUCAAUGAGCAAUUCUGUGUCUACCGGCAUAUGUAUAAAUUUCUAGUUUUGUUUCCAAUUUUUUGUUUGCUAAAAGAACUAUUUACAGUGGGAUAUUUGCACAAAGGUUCACUUAAUAGUACAUAUCUCGAAUCUGUCUUUUCAAAUCAAUUUUUUAUAUUGUUUAACUUAAAAAAUUUGGAAUUAAAUAGAGCGGAUUCAUUAAAAAUGGGUUAUAAGGGCGGAAACCAAUUCAAUCUAAAAAGGUUCAAAUUAAAAACUUUAGAUUUAUCGCAUAAUAAGAUAACAAGCAUUGAUAAAUAUUUCGAAAAUUUACUAAGUUUAAAGACAUUGCUUCUAAGAAGAAUUAUUACUUCAACAAUAGGAAAUUUUUCUAUCAGAUUUUCCAAUUCAACAAGAAUUGAUUUAUCAAAAAAUCUGAUUGAAAAAAUUGAAAAUUUGAAUGAAAUGAAUAACUCAAAAGGCUUAAAUUUAUCACAUAAUAAAAUUAAAAAAAUUGAAGAUUUAGAUUGUAUGAUAAAUUUAAUUAAUCUAGACCUAUUUUGCAAUUAUAUCGUGAAAAUUGAAAACAUUGAAAAUUUAGUUAAUUUAAAAACAAUUAAUUUAUGUACUAACAAAAUCAAUGAGAUGAGUAUUUCAGACAAUGAGAAAUAUUUGAGUAAUUUAAAGUUGUUAGACCUAAGUUAUAAUUCUAUUAAAACAUUAAAAAUUAUUCCAGAAUUGAAUGAUUUUUUAUAUAUAAAUCUAAGCAAAAAUGAUAUAAUAAAAAUUCGGAAUGAAUCACAAUAUUCCAUACUCAAUAAAAUACUGGAAAUUUUUCAGAAAAACAAGUUGCGUUAUCUGUCAUAUCAAACAACAAAUUGAAAUUAGGUUUGAGCACUAAUCCAUUAGAAAAAAUUAAAGGGUUAUCACAAUGGACUAAUUUGGGUCAUUUGGUUAUUCCUGGUAGAAUUUUAUAUUCAAUUUUAUUAUAUUAAUGCCAUUAUUAUCAUUAUUAUCGUUCUUAUCGUUUAUAUCAUGUUUAGUUAUCUUAAUUUAAUUUAAUUUAUAAGAAACCAAAAUUUAUUUCAAUGGUAAUUUAUUCACCCAUUUUAUUAACCCAUUUGAAUUUGUAACAUUUAACACUAAAGCACUAUCCAAUUUUUUCAAUUUUAAACGAUUUCUAAAGAUUCUUCCUUCAAUAUACCCAUUUGCUAUAUGUGGGAAGAUUAAUUUUUAACUUUUUCAAUUUCUUAUUACUAUUUCUAAUU